UUCCGCCGUCGGGUUGUGUCAGUUUAGGUGCUGCGGCCCCAAGGGGUAAAAGUGUUGGGGGUGGGGGGCCGAUGGUGAGGCUGCGGCCCUGGGGGCACCCUCCGCUACUGCCGCCAUCACGCGGUGAUCCCGGCGCGGACCGGCUCGCGGCGACCGCGACGCGCGCAGGAACUGGCCCCGGAGCUGGCGCAAGGAAGGCCCGGGAGGACGGCCCCGCAGCGCACGCGCCGAGUCCGGUCCAGGUUUAUUCUUGUGAAGGCAACAGCCCUGUGGCCCAUGAAGAUUUUGGCUCUGAUCCCGCAUGUGGCUGAGCGUAAGUUGCCCGGGCACGAACAGCAAAAACAUUUAAAGUGACCUGGCUGUCAGGACGAGAUGACUCGUGCGAAAUAAGGAAGGAGAGGCGCCAGGGCCGGAGGCGCAUUCCCCGUGGACACGCCGUGACCGGACGCCCAUCCCAGAGCGUCCAGACGGAGGGAAGUCCCAGAAGCAGCAGAAAAUGAUCGUGUCACAGAUAUCAUUCGAGGACGUGGCCGUGGAGUUCACGCUGGACGAGUGGCAGCUACUCGACCCUGCGCAGAAGAACCUGCACAGAGACGUGAUGCUGGAGAACUACAGCAACCUCGUGCUCCUGGGCUGUCAGAUUCUCAAACCUGGUGCAGUGUUCAAGCUGGAGCAAGAAGAGCCCUGGAUGAUAAAUGCGGAGGUCCCGAGUCAGAGCUUCGCAGAAGAACUCUGGCUAGAUAAUAAUCUCAUAGUGCGGCACCAGGAUCAUCAAGACAAGCUUAAAAGUAUGGAGCAAGUCCAUGAAUAUGAUGUUUUUCGGAAAAUAUUUCAUUCAGACAUUAACGCUGUUCAUUUAGGAAUGAGACCCUAUAAAUGUGGCACUGAUGAAAAACCUUUGAAACACCCUUUUGAUUUUCUUAUUCCAAAAAAUGACUGUGGAAGAAAGAAACUUGAGCUCAAUAAGAAAUCGUUAUUCUGUGUCAAACCCGACAGAACCCAUGGUGGAAUAAAAUGCUGUGACUGCAAUAAAUGUAGAAAAGCCGGCAGUAAACAGUCAUGGCUUAUUCCAAACCAUGUAACACAUACAGGAGUCUGUUUAUGCAUGGAAUGUGGAAAAGUUUUUAACAAGAAGUCACAGCUCAUUAUACAUCAGAGGACUCAUACAGGAGAGAAACCCUAUGGAUGCAGCGACUGUGGAAAAGCCUUCUCGCAGAAGUCAUUGCUCACUAUUCACCAAAGGACUCAUUCAGGAGAAAAACCAUACGGGUGUGGUGACUGUCCCAAAGCUUUCAGUAGGAAGUCGCUGCUCAUUCUGCAUCAGAGAACUCAUACGGGAGAGAAGCCCUAUGUAUGCAGCGAGUGUGGAAAAGCCUCCAGCAGGAAGUCACAGCUUAAAAGACAUCAGCUAACCCAUACGAUAGAGAAACCCUAUGGCUGCAGCGACUGCGGGAAAUCUUUCUCCCAGAAAUUAAAGCUCAUCACACAUCAGAGAACGCAUACGGGAGAGAAACCCUAUAACUGUAGUGACUGUGGAAAGGCCUUCUUUUGGAAGUCACAGCUCAUUACUCAUCAGAGGACUCAUACGGGGAAGAAACCUUAUGCGUGCAAUGAGUGUAAAAAAGCCUUCAACAGGAACUCACUUCUCAUUAGGCAUCAGAGGAUUCACACAGGAGAGAAGCCCUAUGAAUGCAGUGAAUGUGGUGAAGCCUUCAUUAGAAAACCACAGCUUGUUAGACAUCAAAUAACUCAUACAGGAGAGAAGAACUACCAGUGCGGUGAUUGUGAAGAAGCCUUCUUUAAGAAAUCAGAGCUGAUUAGACAUCAAAAACUUCAUUUAGGAGAGAAACCCUAUGGGUGUGUUGAAUGUGGAAAAACUUUCUUUGGGAAGUCACAGCUCCUAACACAUCAGAGAACUCACACUGGAGAGAAACCUUAUGAGUGCAGUGAGUGUGGGAAAGCCUUUACCCAGAAAUCCAGCCUGAUAUCUCAUCAGAGAACUCAUACAGGUGAGAAACCCUAUGAAUGCAGUGAAUGUGGGAAAACCUUCAGUGAGAAGUCAAGUCUCAUUCAUCAUCAGAGAACCCAUACUGGAGAAAAACCCUUCGAAUGCGGUGAAUGUAGGAAAGCUUUUGCCUGGAAGCCACAGCUUCUUAGGCAUCAGAGAAUUCAUACAGGGGAGAAACCCUAUACAUGCGGCGACUGUGGGAAGGCGUUCGUUCAGAAAGUGCAGCUCAUCAAGCAUCAGAGAAAUCACACAGGAGAGAAAGCCUACGGAUGCAGUGAUUGUGCAAAAGCUUUCUUCGAGAAGGCGCAGCUGAUUAUACAUCAGAGAAUUCAUACAGGAGAGAGACCCUAUAAAUGUGGCGAGUGCGGGAAGUCUUUCACUAGAAAGUCACACCUUAUGAGGCAUCAGAGAAUUCAUACAGGAGAUAAAUACUAUGGAUGCGGUGAAUGCGGGACUACCUUCAGCAAGAAGUCACAGCUCGUGAUCCACCAGAGAAAUCAUAUAAUAUAGAAACCACAUGAGAGCAGUGAGUAUGGAAAGCCCGCUAGCAGAUGUCGUGCCUCUUAACACGUCUGAGGACACACAAAGGAGAGAAACUCUAUCGAUGCAGUGACUGUUGAAAAAUUUUAUUGGCAAAGCUCACUAAAACAGAAUUCAGAAAGGGGAAAAUUUUUAGGUAGACAAUAUAAGAAAGCCUUCUCUCAGAAAACAAACUUAUUACAACAUUGAUGAAUUGUACUGUGAUAGUAUAGAACCUUUCGGUCAAAAGUGAAAGCUCAUUAAAUAUUUAGAUGACCUACCUAAACACGGGAGACACUAUUGUCAUGACAAGUGAGAGAAAGAUUUAAGGAAGGGUAACUCACAGUAUGCUAGAGAAUACAUACAUAGAGGGAAUGCUGAGUAUUACAGAUUGCAAAAUAAGAAUUUGAAGAAUUCGAUAAGCAUGAUCUCAUUGAAGUACUUGUAUAAGGAAGUUGUGUUUGUCGUAUACAUAGUAUUAUAAGAUAGUCAUUUUAAAACGGCAGGUGUGUUUUAAGUGCGAAGACUUCUGCUCUCUGCCAUGGUAGUAUAACCAGGACUGUAUUAACCCUCCUGCCUUAAGCAGCUAAAAGCUGCAAGAUGUAUAUGAAAUGAUGACUUUUAGACAUGUGACAAGCACAGGUUUGUGUUUCCUGGCGGAAGGUGGACAAAGUGGCGGCAGUUUCCAGGCUGCGGUUCAGGGAAGGGAACAAACGUGGUCUCGCUGAAUUGGCAGUUGGGGAGGCCACAGUAGCUAGAACUUGCAGAGAAAAGUACUGAGAGGAAGAGCUCCCUAGGGAGAGAGCUGCAGGAGUCGUCAGGGACCCGCCUUGGUUCUUCGGCCCAUUACAGAUUUGCAUAUGUGAGAAAGGAAACUUCCUGAGACCAGGAAGAGGAGGCUGGGACUCAGCACAGGGCUGAGGAUAGUUCACGCCUCCACCAGCCAGUGUGGACAUCACUUUUCACACAUGGGCAUCGAGCAGAAUUCCCAGCAGACCGUCGCCUUAGUAGUGAGGAUAAUUCGCCCCAGAUUAAAAGCUGCCCCGGCCCCACAAUGUCUGGCACCCAGAAACUUGCCUGGCAUGCAAAAAAGCAGGAAAGUGUGACUUGUAACCGGAAGUCAGCAGAAAGAGACUGAAGUGUUUGGAACUAGUAGACAAGGGUGUCUAACUAUUAUGAAGGUAAUGUAGAGGAAAAUGUGAAUUUGAUGAAACUUGAAGUGGAAGGUAUAUUUUUAAAAGCCCAAAUGUAACUAACUUCUCAGGAUGAGAACAAUAACUUAAAAAAAAAAAUGUGGGUGGAAUUAAGAACAGAUUAGACAUAGGAGAAAACAAAACUAAUGAACUCGAAGAAUAAGAAGAAAAAAUACUCAAAUCCAAAUGAUGUACUCAGAGGAAAAAGAUGGGAGAGGAGAAUAGGAAAUCCAUUACGGUGAUGUAGUAUGUGUAACUGGAGUCUCAGAGGAGGAGAGAGAGGAGGCAGGAAAAAAAAGUAUUUGAAAAAAUACUGGCUGAAAAUUUUCCACAUAUGGCAAAAAGUAUGACUCCACAUACUCAAGAAGCUCAAAGAACCCCAAAUAAAGAAAACUGCCAGUGGACGUCAUGUCAAAUUGAUGAAAACCAAUGAGAACAAUUCUAAAGCACCUGGAGAUAAAAAGACAAAAUACACAGAGCAAAGGAUGACAGCACACUUCUGGUCAGAAACUGUGCAAGCUGGAAGACAGUGGGGUGACAUCUUUAAAUUAUUGGCAGGGAAAAACCCUGCAACCUAGAGUGCUAUUACCCAUCAAAAACAUCUUUCAAAAUGAAAUCAAAAGAUGACUUCAGAAAAACAAAAUCCCAGAUCAUUUAUCACCUGCAGACCUGCCUUCAGGAAACGCUGAAGGAAAUUCGACGGCAGCAGGAAAAUAACACCUAGUGGAGACCUGAGAUCUGCAGGAGGCGAGGAAGAGUUCUGGAAAUGGUGAAUAUGUGGGUAAAUAGGAAAGUUUUUUUUCUCAUUUUAAAGCCUUUUAAAAAGAUAAUUGACUGGUUAAAGCCCAAGAAAUGGCGUAUUUGGGGUUGUGCUGUAUUUGGAGGUAAAGUGUAGCCCGUAAGUAUGGGUCUUCAAAAACAGUUGCACAGACCGCACGUCCAGCACCUGUCUCCGCGGCCGGGGCGACUUGUGUCGUAGCAGCUGCCCGGCAUGAGCUGUCUGGGCUGGACCUGGCCAGGUGCUGCCCGUUCUCCGCGCCGCCACGUCCCCCGCGGACUGCUUCGCUAGCGUUUCCGCGUUCGUUCGUGUGGACGUGGCAGGCACUAGCCCGGGACCCACGCGAGGGAGCCCGGGGAGGCUGCCGCGUCUGCCCCGGGAGGCCGCAGCUCCCGUUGAGCGGCCCGGCUCUCCGUUCCCGCCGCCCCUCCCCGUGCCCCUCGGACUUAAGGGUGAUAACUGCCUCCGGCUGCGCUGCCAUCCCCGGCUGGUUUCCAUAACCCCGAACUCCCAUCUGUAAGAAGUCCUUUUGUUCCACGUCCCGCGUUCGUACUCGGAGUGUACCAUUUUUCUGUGCCGCAUACUAAGUGAUGCGCACUUAAAUUUGAGCGUCAGUUGUGUGUGAUAGGGCACAGACUGGCAUCUCUCAGGACUCCCCCACCUCAAAUAUCAGGCUUUUCUCUCUGCGUUUUAACAACUCAGUAGAAAUUACCACCAAUAUCGAAGUUCUUUGUGUUUUUCGUUCUGUUUUGCUGCAAACGUCAAAGGCUCGGGCGGUCGCUGCUGUCUGUGACCGCGGGGGGUGCUGCGGUUUUAUUACUAACCCUCCUUCCGUGAUAAAACCAAAUCCUUCACCAAGGCUUACGCUACCCCUGGGUUAGCCUAACAACUCACCAGAGAGCGUUGUCAUUUAUGUUACAUGUGGACAAGAAAAAAAUGGUGACCCAUUACCGAGCGGUAAAGGAGGGAUGGACCACACUUCCCAGAACGCUCAUUGAAAAAUAUCCUCGUUCUGUAUUCAGCUGUUUUUUUAUGUGUGAUUCAUGUCAACUGUAACCGUGGACAACACGUUUCAUUUCAGUAGUCAGCAUGACUACAGAGAGCCCCCUUCAAAGGGGACACCAGUUCCCAUCACAGACCAUGCCAGAAAGAACAUCAGCUUUUCAAAGAUCAAACCAGAGUUGCUUCACCUAUAAGCUCACAGAGCACAGUGAGGUUGAAACAGACUCUCAGAGAAGGCCAGUGCAGACAGCACCAUAUUGUCAUUCGUCAGACACCUCUCCGAGCAAGUUCAGCUCUCCUCAGCCUCCCCCGCAGCAGGUCUCUCCAUCGGGCGGGUGAGCCUCCCUUGGAGGGAGGAUCGCAUCAGGCUGCACCGCAGGAUCUCCCCUUCCGGCUGGACUUGCAUUUCCAAGGACCUUUUCAUACAGGUUUUCCAUUUUGUGUAACUCCAGGAGGCACCAUUCACAAUGUAGUGUGUGUUAAUGAACUUGUGUCUCACGCAGGUCCUACCUUUAAGGAAUUAGCUAGCAAAUGAAAUAGUUUGAGACUCGUGCACGACUGGAAUGCAGCAUAGUGACAGUCGCCUGCGUGGCUUCUCUGCAGUGGCACUGUGUGACUUGAACGUGGUGGUAGAAUGGUUUCCACCAUCGGAUUCACCCCGCCCCUUUUGUCUGCCACAUAGUGACGGGUAAGGCCAUUCUCACUGUCUUCAUCUUAGAAAUUUUUAGUUAUCUCACAACGCGUGUCUGCAACUUAGAAGCAGGCGGUGUGACAUCUCACGGUCACCUCAAAAGAAUGACAUUUAAGUGAGUUACAUCUAAAGUAUGCUUCCCCUGAGUUGUAUAGUCACCUCCCAACACUCAGACCCCAUCGCCACAUCAACGCACAUGCCUCAAUAAGUCAGUUUGUUCUGAGACCAAAUCUAUGAAUCUGGGGAUGCUUCUAACCAUUCUUUCCUUUGUGGGUUCUUUGCAACUUGGGUCACAGUUAUUGUUCAUUGUAUCCAGGUAGUCUUGACAUCUUGUCAUUGAGACUGUUACUUUCAAAAUGUUAAGGUUAAAUAAGUCAGGAAAUACCAAAUUUACUUAGUGCCUAAUUACCGAAAUCAUUCUUAGGUAUUUAUCAAUAUAUAAACUGUUAAAGGUGCCCAACAAGGACACAGUAGCUCUAGAAGCAAGUCACUGCCGAGAUGAAAGGAAGGGAGAAGUGACAUUUGUAAUUUGAGGUUCUCACGUGAAGCAUCCCUAUCAUUAAAUUUACUUAAAAAAACCAUCGAGCUCAGACUUAAGAAAAGAAGGGGGAAGCAGGUCAACUUCCUGGUGUUUGUUGAUCAUGAGAAGGUGACAAUUAAACCAUGGACUGCUGCCACUGCAGCAAUCGAAAUGGCAGCAUGGGUUCAUCCCCAAAGCAUGGUCACAGGGCAGCUCUGAGGGCACGCGCACGUUACGUACCGUCAUCCUGUGUGUAGCACAUUUGUAUGAAGCAGAACGUGUGGAGCGAUGGUGCCUGAGAUCUGAGACCAGCCGUGCGUCCCGUACAGGGUGGGGUAAAUAGCUGAUGACGAAGGUCGGACGGCUCUUCCUUGUGAGGCGCACUGAGCUGCUGCUGUGUGGAGAUCAGGGUGCCCGGGGGGCGUGCCAGGUCAGACCGAUUGCUGACACUUCCCUCUGUGCUGUUUGAAACUCUGUACCCACGUUUGCCGAGUAAACUGCCUGACGAA